AUGGAGACCUUAAUAGUCAUUUUCUUUCUUGUGCAAACCCUCAUCCAGUACCCACAGCUCGUGGGUGAUGAGCUGGAUGAGGCCACCCAUCUACGCAUGGAGCUGCGCGCCAAGUUCCUGAACAGGGAGAUGACUCGGCUGCUGCAGGAGCUGGAGCAGAGCAGCCUGGAGCGCACUCUCAGGGCCUGGGGAGCCCUGCUCUGGGCUGUCUUGCAGCAGGGGCACUUCUGGGCUCUUGUUGGAGUCCUGGGCCUUCUUUUGGCACUGUGGUUUAUCCGCCAGAAAAGGAGCUGUGAGCUUCACAGCAGUGCACCUGGGGAGAAUGCCAGCAGCAACUUGGAAGUGGAGGAAGAUGAAGAAAAAGACAAUGUUGUGGCAAAGAAAGAAGCAAAAAGUGAUGAUGUAGAGGAAGACAGCAAGGAUGGAAAUGCAGAAGAUGGUAGCCGUGGUGACACAAAUAAAGAAAAGGAAUUUGGAAAUGAAGGAAAAGGUGAGACUGAGGAUGAAAAUGAAGACAAAGCUAUUGGUAAUGCGAAUGUGGAAGAAGACUAUGCUGCCGGAAGAGAAGAAAGAAAAUACAGUGCAAAUGGAGAUGAAGAGCAAGAUAUUGCAAGUAUGCUUUGCAGGAUUAUAGAGGAGUGCAUACGCUGGCCUGUUCUGGACAGAGGUUGCACGAUAACUGACCUGAUAGAUGGCAUCACACGUGCCUUUGGAAACCGCUUCGCAAAUCAUUCCUACCCAGUGCCGCAACGAGCCAUCGGGGUGGGCAGUGCCUUUGAAGGGUGGAGUCCCUGCAAGGAGGAUUUAGUGUACCGUGUCCUUGUACCCCUAAAUCCUCCCACAGGGCAUACCUUCCACCUGGAGGUGGACACUGCAGCAAAGAUGCCAGGAAAGUACUUCUGCAUCCGUGUGGAGCAGGUCUGCAGCUGCAGAAGGCAGAAGCAGGGGAAGAAAGUGCCGUGCCUUCUCCACAACCCUGAGGAAAAGCGGAGGAGGAAUGAGGAGUUCAGCCUUCUAUACAACCUCUGCACUGGUUCCUAUCUAGAUGUGGAGAAAACUACCCAAUGGUUCUACCUUUUGAUGAAAGCAAAUUGGUUGCUUUUGUCUCAGUCCUACCACUGGCGCUUAAAGUUGAUUCCUUCCAGCCGCUCCUGUAAAUUCAGGCUGACCAAAGGCGCAGAAAGCUUACGGGUUGAGGUGCUGUUUGGGGUGCAGCAAGGAGACUCAGAUAUCUAUGUGAGCAGCCAGCCUACAGAGGUCCUCUUCACCCCAAGCACAGUGUGGAUGGAGACCUACGCCGUGGCAGAGAUGAAGUUCUUCAGGUACAUUUCCCAGAAGGUUCCACGGGACAGCUGCCACCUCAAAUGCCUGCAGCUCUUGGCCCGUGCUCUGGAGGGCAGAGCCUUUUCCACUUAUAUCCUGAAGACAGUGAUGAUGCACCUCCUGAACACCAUACCCAUGUCACAGUGGUGCAGGAGGGAUUUCCUGCAGCGGCUGGUGGAUAGCUUGGAUUACCUGUGCUGCUCCCUGCAGAAGAAACAACUGGACAGCUUUGUCAUAGGCAACCAGAGAAUCCCAGGGGAGAUCAACCUGCCUCCAGACUUGCGAAAGGUUAAGCCAACCAACCUUUUCUGGCACCUGACACAGGAUCCAGAAGCCCACACAGAGGCCAUGCAAGAGUACCUUUGCCUCCAACAUCGGCUCAAACAACUCCUGCUCGCGUUUGUUGACAGCCAGCUCUGCUCCUGGGGCUCACGUGUGAUGAAUGAAGAGUACUCAUUAGCACUAGUUAAUAUCUAA